AAAGAACUCACUACCUCAAUACGUGAUUAAAGCCUCAUCUAUUAAAGCAUUCCAAAGAAGGUUAGAUCAAACGGGAGGCCAACACCACCACGAUUUACAGUGGCUAAUCAGCCUUCUGUCACACCCGAAUUGAAACAGAAGAAUGAAACUGACCUAGUUCACGUCCCUGAUUUUUCUGAAGGUCACUAUGCGCGAAAAGUUAUAAAUAGAUAAUACACAGAAAUCAGCGAUAUGUUUGUUGUAUGUUCUCACAUUGGUCUGCAGUGGGUUGCGCUUUUACUGGCUUUGAUUAUGAGUUUCACAGUUCUAACAACAUAUCUCAUUUCCAUCUAUAGAGGACAUGUAAAUGCAGAAUUGCCAUUUAUCAGCUCUACAGGUGCCUAUCCACCAGAAAGUUGUAUAUUUGGUGAGGGAUUAAACAUAGCUGCUUUUAUCAGUUUGAUAUGCUCCUUUUUUUGGUACUUAAUUGCUCUAGAGAGAACGAAAUUUAUGGGCACACACCAACCAAAUUGUCUUCUUAAAUUUAUGCUUGUAUUGUCUCUAAUUGCUGCAAUCGGUUUAACAUUGGUUGGGAAUUUUCAACAAGUUAACGUUGAAUUAGUACAUGAUAUUGGUGCUGGGAUGGCUUUUUUCGGCACAACGCUUUAUAUCAUUUUAUGUGCUUUAGUUAGCAAACGAUACCUUGGAACACAUUGGUGUAUAUGGGCUUUUAGACUUGUCUUAGGGAUAAUGGCAGCAAUAACAUCAAGUUUGUUUUCAGUCUGUCAUACAAUUUCCAGAAUAAAUUUCAACGGUACACAAGAAGAAUCUUUGACUUAUCGGCAUCCUGGUCAAGGUGUAAGUGUCUUUCUUUAGUUUUAUGAUGCAAUACAAUCCUCAAUAUUCAUAUGUUGAAAUUUCUUGAAGAUAUUUGCAAAGCAUAAUGAUCACAAGUUAGGGAGAACCAUAAGUCUUUGUUUUCUUCACUAAUGGUGGGCUUCCUAUUUCUCGGUGAAACUUAUUGAUCUGUUCAUGAUAUCCUUCUAUACCUUAGCGGUUGUAGAUUUUAAAUUUAAAUUCUAUAUAACAAUGACUGUUCGAUGCCUUUUCGUGGUGAGUGAUUCUCUCAUUGACUUCAGUUCACAAUGAAAAUUAUCCUUUAAAUGUGUGUCACUUUCUGCAAAGGUAAUUCGUUUAACAUCUGUUCAAUAAAUAAUUUAGCUGUGUUCAUCCGUAUCACUAUUCAGCAACGUGUUUAUCAUUAAUAAUACGCGUUUAUGGCAUAAGUGUGAAGUUGUUUGUUCCCAAUUUAUCAAUCAGUUUGAUUUAGUUCUCAUCACACUUUAAACUUAAUUCAAAUGAAGCAAAAUGUAUCAUAAUAACAUAAACAUUCUAUUUCUGGUUGACUUUUCAAAGUUUCUGCAAAAAAUCAUGGCAUUCAUGAGAUGAAUAAAAUCAUCAAUAGCUUGUCUAUAUUAGGUUAUAAUGAGUAAAAUGCAAUAUUAGUUUAUGAUUGUAUGUUUAAUUGCCUGGCUCCAUUAAUGCUUAAAUUUCUAAGUUUUACUUAAAUAAUUGUAUAGUAUUUCGACUUUUGUAAAACAUGUUGUUUCUUAUCGAAAUGUUGUGGCUGAUUUCUGUUAUCUACUUUAAGGAACUUAGUUACGGUUUGCUUGUUUGAUAAUUCAUAUUCAAUUUACUUGAUAUCAACAAAACAUCUUAGAAUCUCAUGGUUGUUUUUAUCCAAAUAUUUUAUCUAGAAUAUGAUAAGGUUCAAAUAACCAGAUAAUUAUAUGAAAACGUAGAACUCAAAUAUUACAUGAGAAUAACAUUUGAUGCCUAAAUGAUUUUACUUUCAGGGAUUUUCAUUUUAUCUAUGCAGU